UACGUAGACCGUAUUUCUGAAAAAAAGCACUUCUGACUUCACUCUUCUCUCUCUCCGCAUUGUUUAUUCACCUCUCUGAACUCCCAAUCUCUCUCCUCCGUCGUCUGUAAUCUCUUUGCCCUCUUCUCUCUCCUCAUUCUUCUUUUUCGUGCAUCUAUCUUCUUUAUCCUCAUUCUUCUUCUCCCUCCUUCUGUUCUAUCUUUUCAGUUAAAUUUGAUAUGGUUCAAACUUUGAUGUGAUUCAAUUUUAGUUGUUGUUGAAGAAACCAAAAUUUGGCCAUCUACAACAGAAAAUUGCUUCUUCUGGUUCAAAUUAGGUUGUGAUUCAAACUUCGCAACUUCAAGGUGCUUGCCAUAGUUACUAUGUUGUAUGUGCACUUUCGGUCUUCAAGCUUUAUUUGGUGCUCUAAAGGUCAAAGAGUUGGACUAAAGAGAAAGAUUGAUUACUAGAACUGCUUGAUCAGGUGAUAGUAGAUGCAGAUAUGCAGUGAUUUCCAUUGAGUGCUUCGGCUAAUAUCCUGGCAAUCAAUCAAUUUGGUGCUUGGAAAUGUAACUUUAGAGGCUUGCUUGAUUGCUCUUCGACUCUGGUGCUGCUGGCUUGUGCUGAGAUCGGUGCUGCUGAAAAUAUUACAGAAAUUCAGUGACCCUGCCAGGAUCAGUGGAUAUCCAUAAAUGUACGGAAGAGCGGGUCUUAACAGAUUUCAGAAGGCUCAGACCUUGGAGCCUUUCUCUGUUGCUCCCAAAACGUCUUCCCUGCCAUCUGCUAAAGCUGUGACCCAUUCUUAUCCUCAGCAUCCUACCCAAGAUGGACAGGUGCAGUCACAACCCCCUCUCCUUGAGAAACCUGCCUCAAAUGCAGCUGCAUCUGAGUCUGCCUCCAUGAUGGCUCCCCAUGUUACUCAGGUUGGUGGAGGCCAAUCAACUUGGCAGCCUCCCGAUUGGGCUAUUGAACCUCGUACCAGUGUAUAUUAUCUAGAGGUAAUGAAAGACGGAGAAGUCCUCGACCGGAUUAAUCUUGACAAAAAGCGGCACAUCUUUGGCCGGCAGUUCCACACGUGUGAUUUUGUGCUUGAUCAUCAAUCUGUUUCACGUCAGCAUGCGGCCGUUGUUCCACAUAAAAAUGGAAGCAUAUAUGUCAUGGAUCUGGGAUCUGCUCAUGGUACAUUUGUUGCGAAUGAGAGGUUAACGAAAGAUACGCCAGUUGAACUUGAAGCAGGCCAGUCUCUGCGAUUUGCUGCAUCAACCAGAAUUUAUAUCUUGAGAAAGAAUGAAGCAGCUCUUUUCCCUUCAACACCUAUCCCUACAGAGAUUGAUUUGCCACCGGCCCCUGACCCUUCAGAUGAGGAAGCUGUUGUUGCUUAUAACACGCUACUAAAUCGUUAUGGCAUAAGUAAAUUGGACCUGAUUAGAUCUACAAAUGUCUCUGGUUUAUCACACAGCAAAGAUGAUAGUGAGCCACCAGCAAGAGCAGCUAAGAGACUGAAGAAAACAAGAGUUGCCUUCAGGGAUCAAGUUGGGGGUGAGCUGGUUGAAGUUGUUGGAGUUUCUGAUGGAGCCGAUGUAGAAACUGAACCUGGUCCUCUUGGUUUAAAAGAGGGAAGUCUUGUUGGGAAAUACGAGUCGCUAGUCCAGAUCACAGUGAUUCCAAAAGGUAAAGGACAGAUGUCUGUGAAGGAAGAUAAUGUUUCCCCAAAAGGUGUUACCAACAAACUACAAGAAGUCUUAAACAAGGUUAAAAGACCUAAUACUUCAAAAGGUGGCAUUUAUGAUGACCUAUAUGGGGACUCCUUUUCUGGAAAGGUUGGAUCAUCAUGGGCGACCUCUUCUUGUAGCUCUGUUGGUAGAGAACCGUCUCCUUCAAACAUGAACGGGGUUGAAGCUGUUGUUUUGUCCAAUGCUACUUCAGGAACCAAUAGAAGUCUUGAAACUGAUGAUGAUGACGAUUUAUUUGGUGACUGAUCUGAGGUAAGUGGAAACCUUCUGAUUGCUACUUUUUCUCCCCCUUUUCUUUGAUGGUUUAGCCCGUGUCAUUGAAAAUUGGAUGGCAGAUGCAUGAAUUUUUGGUUGAGAAAAGUGGCCUUUAUCUUUCGAAGGAGAUUUUGUUGUAUUUUACAAUCAAUUUUCUGGGGUGCUGAAAAUUCGCAAUCUUUGUGAGGCCUGAGAUUUAACUUGAGGUUCUAGUUGUAUAGAUGCAAUACUUUGUAUGAUACAGAAAGGGUUUAAACGUACAUGAAUUCAAGUUGACUUGAGGUUCUAGCUACAUAUUGUUCGACCGAAUCAAUUAGUCGGUUGCUAUAGGCACAAGAUUUGCUAAAAUUUGGCCUCUGUUUUAUUUACUAAUCUCUAACUAUGGCUAACUAAUUAUAUACCUUUAGCAUUAAGGUUUUUUUUGAGCUAUUAUAAUUUUUUUUUCAUGAUUUCCUUGUUCUUGGAUAGCAAUAAAAGUAGGAUGCUGCUUGAACUUGCA